AACGGGCAUUUUGAGAAUAUUACCGAAUCAAACGACUUGAAGUAUCGUAGUAAAAUGACACGUAUACCCCAUGAUGUGGCAGAUGACGAUCAUAAACUAGUCGAGUAUUUUGGUGAAGUGAGCGGAAGGUCGCACGAUCAGGAUCUGGAGCAAAUUAUUUAUGAAUAUAUUCCAGCCACCGAAACCACUGAAAAACCAGCGAAAGGCACCAAAAACCAGCAUACACACGGGAGAAUGGCGGCUGUGGACUGGAAUGUCUUUGAUGUGGUUGUAGAAAAGCAAAAAAGAAACAUGACG